AAACAUGCAUUUGGACGCCCCAACAAAGCAAGAGCCGGACGCGACGAGUUGCCGGCGACCGGCGACGCGCAGCGCGAUGACGACGGCCGCGAGCUCGGUGGCCGGCAGCAGCCCGCGCAGCGGCUCGACCGACGACACGUCGUCGCCGGUGGAUGUCAACAUGCUCACGUACUUUAUGGGCGGGUCCUCGGACGACAGCGUCAAGAAAGCCAAAGCCAAGAAGAACCGCCACCGCCUCAACAACAUCCGCCACCGCAAGCGCAAGCAAACCGAGAGCGAGCAGCUCCGGAAGAGCGUCAUCGACAUGGAGCAACGCCUUGUCGAGCUCCGCGAAGAAGCGAAAGCGCGCUUGUACAAGGACGGCCCCAACGUCUUUGAAGAGCACGCCAAGCUCGUCAAGCGCAGCCUCGAGUGCGCACAGGAAGAGAAGCGGCUGCUCGAACACACAAUCUCGGCGCAGCACCAGCUCAUUGCGUUCUACGAGCACACGUCCAAGACCGUCCCCGGCUUACUGCGCCGGCGAAGGGCCUCCAUGUCCUAAGCCCCGCGCCGUAGUUUUUAUUAUUUGAUCCCAACACUCUAUUUUAUAACUACCAUCACCUUCCUCCA